AUGUCUUGGCAGACUUAUGUAGAUGAUCACUUGAUGUGUGAUAUGGACGGGAAUCGUCUCACUUCUUCUGCCAUUAUUGGCCAAGAUGGUACAGUUUGGGCUCAAAGCGAAAAUUUUCCUCAGUUUAAACCAGAAGAAAUAGAAGCCAUUAUGGAAGAUUUUAAUGAACCAGGAAAACUUGCUCCUACAGGGCUAUAUCUUGGUGGAACAAAGUAUAUGGUGAUUCAAGGGGAGCCAGGAGCCGUAAUUAGAGGAAAGAAGGGUCCUGGUGGUAUUACCAUCAAGAAGACAAACCAAGCAUUGCUCAUUGGAAUAUACGACGAGCCUAUGACUCCUGGCCAAUGCAAUAUGGUUGUUGAGAGGCUUGGUGAUUACCUCAUUGAACAGGAUGGUCAGCAAAUAACUGCAUCCAUGGAAGCUGUCCAAAACCUAACCAACAACGAACGCCGCAUAGAACAAAAUCAAACUACCACCAUUCAAGAGCCAGGGAUAUCGCCCACCGAUAGGAAGGAACCUGUUGUUUCCAGAAGAUGA